AUGCAAAGUUCAUGGCCCUUUGCCAUUUGGGGAAUUGACCUGAUCGGACAGUUACCCAAAGGCAAAGGAGAAGUACAGUAUGCAGUGGUAGCGGUUGAUUACUUCACUAAGUGGACAGAUGCUGAACCACUUGCAACUAUUACAUCAAAGAAAGAUACACUGAAGAAAAGACUCAAAGAUGCCAAAGGAAAUUUGCUAGAAGAACUUCCUGAAGUUCUAUGGUCAUAUCGAACAACUGAGAAAACGGCAACCGGACAGACUCCAUUUGCCAUGGCAUAUGGAUAUGAAGCUAUGCUGCCCGUAGAACUCGAGCCACCAUCUCACUGGAGAUUGACGUAUAACAAAGAUACCAAUCACGUACUACUUGCCGAAUCACUUGAUGAAAUCGAAGAGAAGUGA